CGAUUUUCUCCUCCACCGUCUCUGCCGUUAUGGCUGAACCAUCUCACCACAUCCUCCUUCCUCGCCUUCUUCUCAGCCUCCUUCUCCACCUCCCGUUCCCCCCGACCCAGCUAACCUAAACCCUAACUCAUCUCCGAUUGAACCCACCUCUCUCAAUUCGCCGCCGCCGCUUCCACCUCCAUCCUCCAUAAAGGAUAUUGAAACAACUCACCCCUUUUUCGCCUCUCCUAUUCUCAAGAGCUGAUUAGGGUUAACUGUAGAUUUUGGGUUAGGGUUCCUGGACGGCGAUGACGAGUUUCCUCUCAUGAGCUUUCUUCGAUCCUGUUCAAGAGGGACUAUUUGAAGAUCUCAAAGCUGACAGGACAGAAGACGACCAGGUUAGGCUGUUCCGGCCUGACGAAAACGCUCUUAGUAUGCAAACAUGUGCUGAUAGGCUUUGUAUGACACCACCUUCUGUGGAGCAAUUCAUCGAAGCAGUUAAGCAAACUGUACGUGCCAUCAAGAAAUGGGUUCCUCCUCCGGGUAAAGGAGUUUUCUAUACAAGGCCUCGGCUAAUAGGGAGUGGCGCUAUCCUUGGAGCAGCUCCAGCACCUGAGUACACGUUCCUCAUCUACGCAUCUCCCGUAGGAGAUUACCAUAAGGUAAGCACAUGCCUGAACCUUAAAGUUGAUCAUAAGUAUCGCCGAGCCAAUUCACUUGUUUUCAGAAGCGUGGAUGCUUAUUACUUUUGUUUCCAUGAGAUGCAGGUCACUUUAACACUUUUGUUGGAGAUCGGUCUGCUUAUGUGUUCAGUUAGAUUCUGAUUUUGCUUGUGUAUUGGAUUAGGUGAUCUGGUGAAGAUGCUUUUGAGACUGCAAAGAGUUGACGUUUCUUCUUCUCCUUAAUCUCAUUAGCUUUUGGUUUUAGUUCUUAUUCCUUCUCUCUGUUCUUGAGAGUUUAUUAAUUUUUUGAAUUUUUUUUUUUGCAGAAAAGAAG